CAUAUAUUGUAAAAGGAGGCGGAUGUAAGUGUGACAAUCGAGCUCGUCUCGUUUGUUGAUGGAAAUCUUGUUUACACUUGGUGAUUUGUGUUUGAAAUCCUUUUCUGGUGAUUCAUUUUACCACCCUGACAUUUGAAAGAUAGAAUAAAGAUGGCCGACGGACGAAUUAGACAGAUAAAAAUUAAGACCGGUGUUGUCAAAAGAAUUGCAAAAGAGAAGACAAUGUACGAAAAGGAGGCUAAACAAAUUGAAGAAAAGAUUGAGAAAAUGAAGACAGAUGGUAAAGAUGAACAUGAUGUUAAAAAACAGAUGGAGGUGUUACAAGAGUCAAAAGCCAUGGUGCCAGAUGCCUUAAAACGAUUACGUAAUGCCAUAGAUGAUCUAACAAAUGUUUUAGACAAUGAAAAAGAUUUAGAAGAAAGUGAAGAAUAUAAAACAGCACAGACAGCUUUAACAGAUGCUAAGGCAGUGAUGGCUUAAUGCAUAUUAAAUCUUAUUGUUAUCUAUUAUUAUUAUUUCAUAUCUAUGUUUUUCCAAGGCAAACAUUUUUCAUUAAUUAUAAGUUUUUGGCUCAUACUUUGCAUUUUAUCACUGUUGCUUGUAAUUUAUUUGUAUUUUGAAAAUUUCUGCAAGAUUAAUUGUGUCUAGUCUUAUGCUUUACAAAAAAUAGACUUUAGGAUUUGGUUGUGACCUUUAAAUUGUUUUUUUUAAUCAUUUCUUCUUUUGGUGGAUUUGUUAACUAGGCAGUUAAAAAAUAACCAAAAUUAUCCAUUGUGUAUCAAUAUAUAUCUAUUGUGUAUUCUGUAUUGUAGCUAAAAAAUGGGACGAGUCUUUCAUACAACUUGUUUAGAAAUAACAUUCAAGGAAAUGGUUAGAUUGCACUAAGUCAAAAUAAGCAUUCCUUUGAGGAGUUAUCUCAUUUUCUCUCAAAAACAUUUCUUCCUUUAUAAUAAAAACUUAACAAAUUUG